AUGGCUCGUCAUCGCAAUCGCAAAUCUAUCGUAGCAGACCAUCCCAUCCGCUCCUCCAAAAACAUCCAAUACCUCACCGACGAAGAGAUCAACGACUUCCUCGACGAUCUCGACCACGAUAACGAUGGACACAUAAACUACCACGAGGUCGAGCGCAAACUCGACCAAGAGCAUAAAGAGCUUGUUCCCAAGCCGAGCGCUCACCAUGUCAUCCACACCGACCACGACAACGAUGCGCGCCAUGCCUUUCUGCGCAGAAUGAUGGGCGAUUCGGGCGCCGACAAAAUUCCGAGAGAUGAGUUUGCCAAGAUGGUCAAGGAGUGGAAGAUUCCCUCGCUCAAGCAGGCGAAGAAGGAAGAAGAGGAGGAUAAGAGCUACAUCAAGAAACUGCCGGGUUGGAGACGAAUUCGCUCGUACUGGGCUGUUCAUGGACCUGAGAUUGUGUUUCUUGGUGUUGUGGUUGGUAUGCAGUUGGCCUUUGGAAUAUGGCAACUCGUCAAGUACCAGACCACGCCCAAAUACCGGAAUGGGUUCGGCUGGGGUAUCGUCAUGGCCAAGACCUGUGCUGGUGCACUCUACCCGACUUUCUUCUUCUUGAUCCUCAGUAUGUCGCGAUACUUUUCUACGUGGCUGCGCAGGUCGUACCACAUUUCGCGCUUCUUCAACUGGGAUCUUUCGCAGGAGUUCCACAUUCGUAUUUCUUGCGUCGCCAUCCUGCUUGCGAAUUUGCAUGCAAUUGGGCACUUGACAGGUUCAUUCCGUUCCGGAAGUAAUCCGGCCAACGAGGAUGAGGUGGCUGAAGUGCUUGGCGCUGAUGCAGUUCCCCGUCAGUACAGCGAUUUUAUUCGGACCUUGCCCGGUGUCACAGGUAUCGCUGGCCUUGCUCUGUUCUGGAUCCUUUCCCUCUUGAGUAUCCCGCAGGUGCGAAAGUGGAACUACGAAGUCUUCCAACUGGGUCACUUGCUCAUGUUUCCUAUCAUCGGUCUCAUGAUGGCGCAUGGUACUGCAGGUUUGUUCCAGUGGCCCAUGUUCGGAUACUUCCUCGCCUUCCCCACCCUCCUGGUCCUUGUCGAGCGCGUUGUUCGUAUUGGUCUCGGAUUCCAUCGCAUCAAGGCCACCAUGAAGGUUCUCGACAAAGAGACUGUUGAGAUCACGGCUAUCAUUCCGAGUGAGCGUCUUUGGAAGUACAAGGCUGGACAGUACAUCUUCCUUCAAGUUCCCAAGAUCAGCUUCUUCCAAUGGCACCCCUUCACUGUCUCUUUCUGUCGCGGCAACAAGAUGAUGCUGCAUAUCAAGACUGACGGUAACUGGACUGAGAAGCUUCGUGAGCUUGGAGGUGAAUCUGGAGAGUCGGAGAUUGAAGUCGGCAUCAAUGGUCCUUUCGGUGCACCCGCUCAACGCUUCUACGACUUCAACCAUUCCAUCAUCAUAGGUGCUGGUAUCGGUGUUACUCCCUUCUCUGGUAUUCUGGCCGAUCUGCAGUAUAACGACGAUCUCGACCACGGGGGUCCAAACCAUGAAGUCGAGCAUAAUCACGAAGACUCGCAUACCCACCAUGACUCCGAAGCAACUGCAGUCCCUCCACCUAACCAGCGAUCCAACUCCAACACCAGCGGAGAAUCAUCAAACACCGAUAACGUUCCCGAGACACCCACCCGCCAGGGAAGCGUCGGCCCCGACCUCAUCAACAAAGAGAAAGCACCCCAUGCCGACCGAGCAGGUACCUUUGCAGACGAUUACCGCCGCGUCGACUUCCACUGGAUGGUCCGCGAACGAAACUACCUCCUCUGGCUCUCCGAUUUACUUAAUGACGUAUCCAUGAGUCAAGACUGGCACCGCGAUCACGAGGUCGCUCCCCAUCUUGACAUCCGUAUCAACACGCACGUAACAGCGAAGCAGAAGAAGAUAUCAACACACGUGUACCGCUGGCUUCUUGAGAUGCACCGCACAGAUGAACAUCCCGCCUCCCCGCUUACAGGUCUUCUCAAUCCCACCAACUUCGGACGACCAGAUUUUGAUCAGAUUCUCGACGAGCAUUACGAGGAGAUGCUCAAGUUCCGAGCUAGUAAGCGACCUGAUAGGAGGGAUAAGGAAGACGAGAACUUUGAAGAGGAUGAGGAGCUCAAGGUUGGUGUGUUUUACUGUGGUGCGCCUGUCGUGGGUGAGAUCCUGGCGGAUAAGUGUCGGGAGCUUACGCUGAGGGCUUGGAAGGAUGGAAGUAAGUUGGAGUAUCACUUUAUGAUUGAGGUAUUUGGAUAA